CAUUGUCACAACUAAUUUUACGUUUGUGGAUUUGAUACUGUUUGUUGGGUAUUACGGAAUUCUCGUAUACGUCGGACCUUACGGUAUCGAAACAGUUCAACGUGCAGCUCCUAUUGACUCUCCUGUGUCCCAUGACCUUGUGAUGUCACAUCAGAAAACGGAAGAGGUUUUCGUGCUCUCGGGGGGCCUCUUUUAAAGCCAUAAUGCAGAGUACAACUAACUACUUGUGGUUGAUCUCAGACCUGCUGGGACAGGGUGCCACAGCAAACGUAUACCGUGGCAGGCACAAGAAAACAGGCGACCUAUAUGCCGUCAAGGUGUUUAACAACCUUAGCUUCCUACGCCCUCUGGAUGUGCAGAUGCGGGAGUUUGAGGUGCUGAAGAAGCUCAACCACAAGAACAUUGUCAAGCUCUUUGCCGUGGAGGAGGAGUCAAACGCACGUCACAAGGUCCUGGUUAUGGAAUACUGUCCGUAUGGCAGUCUGUACACAGUCCUGGAGGAACCAUCGAAUGCAUAUGGCCUCCCUGAAGAUGAGUUCCUCAUUGUGCUACAGGAUGUUGUGGCCGGAAUGAACCACCUCCGGGAGUACGGAAUAGUCCACAGGGACAUUAAGCCGGGAAACAUCAUGCGCGUGAUCGGUGAGGAUGGACGGUCAGUCUACAAGCUGACAGAUUUUGGUGCAGCGCGAGAACUGGAGGAUGAUGAGCAGUUCGUGUCACUGUAUGGCACUGAGGAGUACCUGCACCCAGACAUGUAUGAGCGGGCGGUAUUGAGAAAGGACCAUCAGAAGAAGUACGGUGCCACAGUGGAUUUGUGGAGCAUCGGCGUGACCUUCUACCACGCUGCCACUGGCAGUCUGCCGUUCAGGCCUUACGAAGGCCCACGCAGGAACAAAGAAGUCAUGUAUAAGAUAAUUACAGAAAAGCCACCAGGGGCCAUCUCAGGACAGCAGAAGUUUGAGAAUGGGAAGAUUGAGUGGAGCACAGAGAUGCCAAUAUCCUGCAGCCUCUCCAAAGGCCUGCAGAGUCUUCUGACCCCAGUGCUGGCAAAUAUACUGGAGGCAGACCAGGAGAAGUGCUGGGGCUUUGACCAGUUCUUCGCCGAGACCAGUGACAUUCUGCAUCGCACAGUGAUCUAUGUCUUCAGCCUACAGCAAGCCACGCUGCACCACGUCUACAUCCACACAUACAACACAGCGACUCUCUUCCAGGAGCUACUCUUCAGACGGACCAAUAUCAGCAUCCCGAACCAGGAGCUGAUGUAUGAGGGCAGGCGCCUGGUGCUGGAAACAAACCGGCAGGCGCAGACAUUCCCUCGCACCACCCGGGACAACCCCAUCAUGCUGCUCAGCAGAGAUCUCCUCACUACCGUUGGCCUCAUCUUUGAAGAUCCGAGCCCUCCCAAAGUACAACCUCGCUAUGACCUGGACCUGGAUGCCAGCUAUGCCAAGACCUUUGCAGGAGAUGUAGGCCACCUAUGGAAAACCUCUGAGUCGUUGCUUGUCUAUCAGGAGCUGGUGAGGAAAGGAGUCAGGGGUCUCAUAGAGCUCAUGAAGGAGGACUUUAGUGACACAGCCCACAAGAAAGCUGAGGUUUUCCACAUGUGUAACCACUGCAACCAGACACUGGAAAAGACUGAACAGCUGUGUGAAGUGCUAAUGCAGGGCAACAUGUUAUCAACAGAAUAUGACGAAAUCUCAGACUUGCGCAAGAAAGUCCUACGACUUUCUGCGUCACUUGGUUCAAUGGAUCAGACAAUGCAAGACAUCAAAAACAAGUUCCUUCCUGGAGGCACAUUAACAGACACGUGGACACAGCAAGUGGGCACACACCCUGAAGACAGAAAUGUGGAGAAGAUAAAGGUUCUUCUCGAUGCCAUUACAGCGAUCUACCAACAAUUCAAAAAGGACAAAGCUGAACGACGUCUACCUUACAACGAAGAACAAAUCCACAAGUUUGACAAGCAGAAACUGGUUUACCACGCCACCAAAGCCCGCACCCUAUUCACAGAGGAGUGUGCUAUGAAGUACCGUCUGUUCAUCUCCAAGAGUGAGGAGUGGAUGAGGAAGGUGCACCAUGUUAGGAAGCAGCUGCUAUCACUGGCAGGCCAGUUCAUGAACAUGGAGCAGGAGGUGACGAUGAUCAUACAGCGAGUGUACAAGCUUCUUGAACAGCUGCCACAGAAAAUCAUCCCCAUGGCAUCAAGUGGUAUCAAACCCCAGGCAUACCUCAGCCAGAGCACUCUAGUGGAGAUGACCCUGGGGAUGAAGAAACUAAAGGAGGAGAUGGAGGGGGUAGUCAAAGAGCUGGCAGAGAACAAUCUCUUUCUGGAGAGGUUUGGCACUUUGACACUAGAUGGUGGAUUAAGAAAUGUGGACAGAGUCUGAGCGCAUCAGACAGCUUCAUAACACCACUCUUUGGACUCUGUAUCUGGAAGCAAAAAAAAAAAACCUUCUCAAGUCUGCUUAAUCUAUUCCUGUGUGUAUAUAUAUAUAAUAAUGUUAAUGUAAAUACUGAGUUGACAUCUAGAGAGUUUUUAUUUCACCUGCUUUACUUUUCAUAAGUAUAUGUAACUCAUAUAGGACCUUCUUGCUUUUAUGUCUCAGUGACCUUGAAAUAAGUCCAUGUUCAUAUGUUGUUUUUUUUUUCCUUCAAUAAUGUUUAUAAACAGACCCCAUAGGUCCAGAGAAUUAGACUGUACUAUAUUAAUCUCUAAGUAUUGUACAUGACCACCAUUGAAAACAACAGACCUGCUAAGUCUGUAUUAACAAUCAUUACAAUUAAAAGAAAUACGUAUGUUCAACUUUAUAUGAAGGUUUAAAGGUUUGUGUUUGUUUUCAUUAAAUGAAAUGAGGGUGUUCUACUUUAUAUGAAAGUUACUAGAUGGAGAGUUGGGGCAGAGGUUGCUUAAGAAGACCCAGCUUAUUUGUUUAUUAUGUAAUGGAUUACAGUUGUGCUAUAGGUCUUAUCCAAAGUAAGACAUGUGCAAUCAGUGAUGCUGCAAUGUCUUGAUUGUCUGUCUGUUUUUUGUCUGUCUGUUUGGUAUUUUUUACAUGGUGAAGGGCACAAGCUAAGGUUCCCCUCAGGAGUGUAGAUGGACAUUAAAAUUGUUGACUGUA